AUGCAGAGGGGACUUGUUACAGUAGAUAUAAUAAACCAAAAGAGAAGGCAGAAAACACUGAGGAAAAAGCUUUAUCAUCAAAGAAAAAAGGAAAGGUUGCAGGACACAAUUCACCAAGAGGAAACUACCAGCGCGUUUAAAACUCCACAAUCGAUGGGAAAAGUUGUAAAGAAAAUUAAAUCUAUAUUGAUAAAGUGCCCUGACAAAAAAAGGAGGUUUAAAAAAAUGUUUCUUGCAGAAUUUCCAAAAUUUUCAAGUAUGUUAGAGAACUCUGAUAAAAAAGCAAGGCCGUGGAAUAAACUAGAAAGUAAUGUUAUAGAACGUGUUAAAAGAAUUUAUAACAGAGACGAUAUAAGUAGGCAUACGUCAGGAAAAAGAUACGUUGCUGUAAAAAAUGAUACAGGAGAAAAAGAAAAAAUUCAAAAGCGGCACAUGACAAUCACCGUUAAAGAAGCAUAUCACUUGUUUGUAUCCGAAAACCCUGAAAUAAAUAUUAACAAAGUUUUACGAAUUGCCGUCUGA